ACCCGCACACUAUUCCUUCGACACCACCGGCGACAGCUGCACAUCGCCGAUGAUCUCACUCCUUUGAGUCGACUGUCGGCCGCAACUGCGGCUGGCAUAGUCCUAAUCGCAUCACUGUCACCAAAGUCACUCAUUCAGAUACACUACUGCCCACCGGGGCUCCGCUCGGCCCCCCCUGUCGCUCUUUUCCGCAAUGCGCGGCGCCGCUCUCUCGUCGACGUCGCAGACGCUGCUUCUGCCCCUCGUCCUCGUCCUCCUCGCAUUCUCGACGCCCGCCGUCGUCGCCGACGGCACCGUGUGGGCCACCCCCCAUGACAGCUACUCGUCGUCCGUGGGCGUGCUCGGCUGCAAGAUCAAUACCGACCGCGUCGCCUACUGGCCCGGCUCCGUCGACUGCAACAACCUCUGCAUCUCCCUCAGCUACGACGACGGCAAAACCAACAAGCGCACCGUGAAGCUCCUGCGCAUCGACCAGUCCCAGGGCGCCCACGACAUCAGCUACGACGCCUGGAACUACCUCUACACCGGCAACUCGGCCAAGGAGUUGCCCGUCGCCGGCGGCCCGCUCGCCAUGGAAUACGCCGAGCUGCCCGCUGACGAGUGCCGAUCGCUGCUCCGGACCAAAGACAAGAAGCUGGCCCUCAGCGCCUCCAACAGCAUGAACUUCCUCGCCAGCUGCCUCGCUCAGCCCGACAGCUGGGUCGCCAAGAACUACGCGCUCUAUAAUAUGCUCGACUCCAUCUGCUCCUGGGGCUACGACGAGGUGUGCAAGCUCGACUGGCCGGCCGCGAACCAGCCCACCUGCAAGCACUCGCUCGGCAUGCCGGUCGAGCUCAAGGACGACCCCGUAUACAACGUGCAGUACCCUAGCGGCGACGUCGUCGUCGCUUCCACCGGCGAGAAGGUGUCAUCGCCCGGCCACAGCACGAGCCCGGCCGCGCAGACCCGGAACGGCGGACCGGGGCGCGUGGCGAUGGCGCUGUUUAUGGCGGGGUCCCUGCUCUGGACCUGUCUGGUGCUGGGCUAGCGUUGAUGAGGUUUUGGAGGUUGAAGAGAGGGAAUGUUGAUACCAUACGAGAUACCAUGUAUACCCCCCCACGUCGUAGGACGAUAAUGUUAAAUACCACUUGAUAAGCUCUUUAUUGCCG